CUCAUUGCCUCUCCAGCACCUAGCAAUGUGCCUGGCAAGUAUUCACGGCAUGGAUAGAUUACUCGCUCCAGGAAGGCGGGCCCCAACCUUCGUGGCUGUGGAGACCCCUGGAAGUCGACCGUGACCCGGGGCCCCGAUGUCGCUCAGCAUGAGGCGGUGCCCGGGAAACUCUCAGGGCAAGGACACAGCGUAGCUGUGGCUGGCAUCCAGCUGCCAACUGGAAGAGGGCGCUCCGACUCUGUGUUUCGGCACCUCAGUUUUCUCACCGGUUCCCCGCAGGGUCGACCGCAAACGGCCCUUGUAGCCCUGGGUAGACCCAGGGCAGGCGCCACGGGCUGCGGCGGUCUGAGGAGCCAGGAGCCGCUCUGUGCCCCCGCAGGCCGCCGCUCCGGGCGAGGGCGCUCCAGGUUGGUCUUCUGGAGCAGUCGUGCGCUGACGGGGCCCCUCUGGCCGGCAGGCGGUGGCGCAGUGCGCGUCGGGAAGGCGGCGGGCUAUCCGGUCCUCGGCUGCGGCGGGUACCAUGGUCGGUGGCGAGGCGGCUGCCGCAGUGGAGGAGCUGGUUUCGGGGGUGCGGCAGGCGGCCGACUUCGCGGAGCAGUUCCGCUCCUACUCGGAGAGCGAGAAGCAAUGGAAGGCCCGCAUGGAAUUCAUCCUGCGCCACCUGCCCGACUACCGCGACCCGCCAGACGGCGGUGGCCGCCUGGACCAGCUGCUCUCCCUCUCCAUGGUCUGGGCCAACCAUCUCUUCCUAGGCUGCAGUUACAAUAAAGACCUUUUAGACAAGGUGAUGGAAAUGGCCGAUGGGAUUGAAGUGGAAGACCUGCCACAAUUUACUACCAGAAGUGAAUUAAUGAAAAAGCAUCAAAGCUAAGCCAGAAGAUUUAUCACAUUUUCAUCAUCAGCUACAGGAUUAGAAAGGAGGCUGGGAUGAAUGUGACAUAGACCACAGCAGCUCUCUUAAGACUCCUGGUAUUACCAACAUAAAGAGGCAGGUGGAAUGAGAAGGACUCUGUCUAGAUUGGCUUUUUUAACAUUCUCAUUUUUCCAGGAGUUAUCACUGUAAAGGUAUGCAUGGAUAUUUAUGUAUUUAUAAAUCAUGCACUCUAAGAUGAGUUCAUCAACAUUGUAAAAGCCCUCUUUUCUGUUUUCAGUUGUUGUUUUUUUUUUCUUACCGCCAAGGUCUCACUCUGUCGCCCAGGUGGGAGCACAAAGGUGCAGUAUUGGCUUAUUGCAGCCUCGAACUCCUGGGGCCAUAUUUUCAGGGUUUUUUGUUUUUUGUUUUGUUUUUUUGAGACAGAGUCCUGCUCUGUUGCCCAGGCAGGAGUGCAGUGGUGUGAUAUAUUUUCAGUUUUUAAACGUCAGAAUUUUUGUUUAAAAUGCCUUUUUGGGCUGGGCACAGUGGCUCAUGCCUGUAAUAAUCCCAGCACUUUGGGAGGCCGAGGUGAGCAGAUCACCUGAGGUUACGAGUUUGAGACCAGCCUGGCCAACACGAUGAAACCCCGUCUCUACUAAAAAUACAAAAAAAAUUAGCUGGGCGUGGUGGCGGACAUCUGUAAUCCCAGCUACUCAGGAGGCUGAAGCAGAAGAACUGCUUGAACCUGGGAGGUGGAGGUUGCAGUGAGCCAAGAUAGCACCACUGCACUCCAUCCUGGGUGACAAAAGUGAAACACUGUCCCAAAAAAAAUAAAAAUAAUAAAAUAAAA